AUGGCCUUUUCAUUCCAUUGCUAUGCGUAUGCUCGAAAGCUUUCCUCGCGUGUAGCCGGCUUUAGUCCCUCUGCCUGCCGCCUCUGUAGCAUCCUCCUGCAGCGGCAAACACCAGCAGGGGCCGGGCUGCUCUGGAGCUCCGCGCUCCCUGGUGUGCAUCACAUUUCCGCAGUUUCCCAUCAUCGCGUCCAGCUGUGGCCCUCGCAGGGCGCGCUCGCUGGCUCUCACCUGACAGGUCCCUGGCCUCAGGACGACAGCCAGCACCAACACGUUCCCUACAUGAGGGACAAAGCGACGCAGACCCCCAGGGCCUGGGCAGAUGAGAGGAGGAGGGGCUCUCACAAACGCUCGGCCUCCUGUGGGAGCACCGACCAACUCAAGGAGAUUGCCAAAUUGCGCCAGCAGCUUCAGCGCAGCAAACGCAGCAGCCGCCAUCGGAGGGACAAAGAUCGCAAAUCACCGUUCAAUGGCAGCCAUACUAUCAUCCAGUCACAGUCGUCUAUGCCCAAGACCAUUCUGAUUCCCAUCCCUAUAUCCAAGUCAUCAGCCCCUCGUUUCCGCAACAGCGUGGAGGGCCUCAACCAGGAGAUAGAACGUAUCAUCAUCCGAGACACCCCGGAAAAGGAAGAGACCAUUGUUCCACAGGAUGUUCCAGAUGGGCACCGUGCACCCCCACCCGUCCCCCCACAACGCAGCAGCAGCACCCGCAGCAUCAACACACAGACGCCCUCAGGGGGCGGCCUGAGCGGUAACCAUAGCAACUGCAGCAGCCGCCCCGACUCCAUCUCGCCCUCCUACCUCACCAUCCUCAAUGACGCGGGUGGUGGUGGCAGCCCCUAUGAGGACAAAGAGCUGGGCCCCUGUUCACCGCUACCUAAGUACGCUGCCUCUCCCAGACCCAACAACAGCUACAUGUUCAAGAGAGAACCACCAGAGGGCUGCGAGAAGGUCAAAGCGUUUGAGGAGUCCAUGCCCAAACCUCUGCAGGACAUCCCACCCUUCCUGUGUCCUGACCGCAACAAGGUUAACUUCAUCCCCAACAGCGGCUCUGCCUUCUGCCUUGUCAGCAUCCUUAAACCCUUACUCCCCGCCCCGGAGCUCAGCUUUCGCCCCGGGGUGGGCCUGCGAAGCCUGUCCCCAUCCCUCGUGCCUCUGUCCACCCAGCCCUGCCUCCUGGAGGAGCCCGAGAGCUUCUGACCAGGCGUUAAAGUCACCGCAGCCCCUCUGAAAAACAACCGCCCCUCUGAAGUCAGAAAACAUUUAAAACAAGGAAACAGCCCCCUCUGCUCCAAAAAAUGCCUUCAGCAUGCCAGCUAAGCUCUCUCUGAUGUCCUUAUCUUGUUGAAGAAGUGCUUCCCACUGCCUCUCCUCCUGAAACAACAACAACAUGAGAGUCCUGCAGACCUGUGCAGGCGUCUGCAGCAAACAUUUCAUCGCUUUUUUCUACCUUUAAUGCUGGUUAUGUGUCUGUAUUUUUGCGGGGGAGGAAAAGGGGUUAAAAGGACAGACUCUUUUAUUUCAUCGUAUUAUACCAUGGCGCCUUUCCACAGACAUAUCUUUUUCUAUCUGUAGUUAUUUCUCUUGAUAUAAAAUAUGCCUUCCAUUAUGAAAAAAGGCUGCUGGUUUCCAUGGCGACCAAGAGAUUGACCACAGAGGCUCAUUUUGGUGCUGCCACAUAUGAAUAUCGUAGCAAAACCUGAAGGAUCGUGAAAAGGAGAAGUGAAAAAAGAAGAAAAAAAAAAUGUGCCUGAUAUUUAAGAUCGCUGUUUCCCCGACGACAGCAGAGGGUUCAGAUCACACAUGAUCUUUGCACUAUGUUGGUCAUAGAUACACACAGAACCGCAGGGCUUUUUAGACCAAAUCUACAUGUUUGUUUUGUACUUAAAUCAGCCUUUAACAAGCUGAUGCCUCUGCACUGUUGUACUAACUGGUACAGUAGCGUCAAGCUAAGCCCCUGCUGGUCAGUGUGUAUCUAUGGGAAACACAGGCCAGGGCUAUGAUGUAUGCAGAGUUUUCAACCUGUGUCUGCUUCCCAACCGCCAGCCUUUGCUCACAGUGUCCUUUUUUCUUUUUCUUUUUUUUUUUACUUCAGCACCAUCACAACCACCCUCCUCUGACUUCCCUUUCUUGUUCCUCUUUUUCCCUCACUGUAAAUAUAAUUUCCUUCUGUCCUCCUCCUGUGUUGUGAAAUGUGUCCAGAAGGGCCUUGCCCUCUGCUGGACAGGCCUCCUCCUUGUCACUGCAGGGCCAAGAGAGGUCAGUGAACCCAACAUGCUGCACUGACAUUACUGUAUGUAAUGUAAAUGAGUUUAGAAGCUUAGCUCCUAAGCUCGUUUUUUGCUCUGUCUGGUUUGUUUAAGCUAGUUAACGAGUCAUUAACGGUCAAGUCAAGAUGAUGAUAAUUAUAUAAAUAAUUACAGCUUACAUUUUUUCUGUCCUGGGGGAAAAAUUAAAUUUUAGUGAUUUGUGUAGUGUUCAUUUCUAAACAUUUGACUUCACAGUUACGGGCAAAAAAAGGUAAUAAUCACAAUAGUUUUUGAUCAAUAGCAAGAUCAUGAUUAUAUGUGAUUAUUCAUUGCUAUUAGGGUUAAAAUAUUUUCAGAGUUAUUCUGUUUACUUCAAUGUUUUGUUCUUGCCAAUGGACAAAGAUGGAGGGGGGGGGGGGUUGGAACGCUUUGCAGACGUUUUAGGGACCGCAAACCUUGGAAGUUUGGGAAGAAAAUCAUCCUGUAUGGGUGUGGCUUAAGAAAAACAGAGCAGAUAAUUACUAUUAAUUUGACCAUUUUGUCAGAAAAAUGUGCAAAAAUGAAAGGCAUCAACAUGAGAGCGUGUGGGACUGUGUGAUGACUUUACUCAGUAAAGAUUAUUUAAAUGUG